UCGCUUCAAGUUCAACAUGUGCGAGCCUCAAGGCUUCCUCAAGUCACUUUGCUCCAGCGCUGAUCACACUACUGUAAGUUACCAACAACCAUGACUCCUGCGGACCGUCUGGAAUAUCUUGAUCUGCAUGGUCAGACAAAACACUAUUUUGAGAUCAAGCUCACCGCCGAAUUCAUUUUCGAAAAGCGUCCUAACAUGUUCUGCUGGUAUCCCACUACCAAGACUGCCGUCCUUGCAUCUGAGCCCAUCGAGUGCCAGAUUGAGAAGACUAUGCUUGAGAAGAUCCACACGGACUUUUCUAGUUCAAUCGCACAUCAAGUCUGUCGCCAUUGGUUCGACUGGAGCCCUGUAGAGCUUCCUCCGAAGCUGCUUCAAAGGCUAGUUGCAUUACAACAGGAAGAGCUUGAAUCCAAGCGCCGAACUCAAGACAUGGGCACCUCAUCUUACAUUUUCCCCAAUCCUUUGAGCUCUCCUGCGAUCCCUACUGCCAGCAUACACGGAUUUUCGAUUGCCGAUCCUCGAUCCUCAGCCAUUAGUACACAGCCGGAUGACAACUGGAGAUAUUCUCUUAGUAUAGAUUCCUCGCAUUCAUCGGGACACUUUUCGUCAAAAUCUGAUCGUUCAUCGCUACACUCGCUCUCUGACGAAGACACCGACGAGCUUUCAAAAACUGCUGAGCUUUUAGCAGAAGGUAUCACCAUUCGCACCAAUCGACAACUUAUCACACAGCCAUCAUCUGCGCAUCCUCUGAAGACUCAUAGACAACAUGCGGUCCCUCUUGCACGGCCACAGACUCCAACAAAGACUGAUAGACAAGGUCCAGCACCCAGUAUCACAGGGCCACAGACACCAAGAAAGAGCCGAACUACACGGGUGCAGACACCAAUGUCUACAUGCCCUUCGCAGCCUCUGCCAUUUGUUAUUGCACUACCUCCAAGCCCUCCUCCAUUCAAGCACACGGUCUCAUCGCCCUCAGCAUUGCACACUGUAGUGUCACCCUCUGCAGCACCUAUCAUUCGAAACCCUCCUCCAAGCCCUCCUCCGUUCACAAUCGCACCUUGCUCUCCUUGCUUGAAACACAUGGUCACAUCACCCUCAUCAGUGGCGUGUGAUGUUGCGUCGCCCGUCAAAUCAAACACGCAUCAGCUUUACGACAAGACCGGAGGAGUUAGCACGGCAUCGCGCCAAAGGUCAAGGGUCGAAAAUGGGCCACAGAAUCCAGUCCAGACCUCAACAUCAAUUCGAGGGACUCCCUCUGCAGUACCUAUCAUUCAAAACCCUCCUCCAAGCCCUCCUCCGUUCACAAUCGCACCUUGCUCUCCUCGCUUGAAACACACGGUCUCAUCACCCUCAUCAGUGGCACGUGCUGUUGCGUCGCUCGUCAAAUCAAACACGCAUCAGCUUUACAUGAGUAGAUCACAAACUAAUUUGGCUUUGUGGGACUGACAUGUACUUAGGACAAAACCGAAGGAGUUAGCACAGCAUCGCGCCAAA